GAAUCUGCCGGUCCAUUGCGUAUUUUGGAUGUUGGAUGCGGUGUGGGCAAUGCGACAAUACCACUUCUUCAGACAUUUUCGCACUCGGAUCAAAUUUUUGUUUAUGCUUGUGACUAUUCACAGGAAGCUAUUGGUAUUUUAAAACAGCUCACGGAUGACCAACGCUGUAAACCGUUUGUUUGGGAUAUAACGGGACAGAUGACGGAUGUAGUACCUCCAGAAUCUUUGGAUGUGAUCCUCUGUGUAUACGUACUAUCUGCACUUCCACCUGAAAAACAUCGGCAAGCGGUUGAAAAUUUGUCAAAAUUGCUGAAACCUGGAGGUGCUCUUCUAUUGAAAGACUAUGCGCAGUUUGAUAUGACGCAGUUACGGUUCAAGAAAAAUCGCCUAAUCGAUGAGAAUUUUUAUCGACGUGGUGAUGGUACACUGGUUUAUUUUUUCACACAAGAAGAAUUGCACAGGCUGUUCACUGAAGCAGGGCUGGAAAAAAUUGUGAAUAUACUCGAUCGAAGGCUGAUCGUUAAUAGGGCCAAGUUAGUGAAAAUGUAUCGUAUGUGGGUGCAAUGCAAAUAUGUUAAGGGUACUAGAUAA